AUGUUCAACCAGCUCUUCAAGGGCUCGCUUGGGUUCGCAUGGGGCGUGCGCGUCUCCGGGUUCAUCGUGCUCACGAUGCUCCUAGCCGCGAACCUGUUUAUGAGCGCAAAGCCUAGCGUGAACGCGAAAGGUCGGCCCAAGCCCGACCUCAAGGUCAUUAUGACCGACGCGCCUUAUCUCAUCACCAUCCUCGCGGUGUUCGUUACCAACUGGGGCGUCUUCUUCCCUUACUUCUAUUUGCAGCUGUACGCGUUCCUGCACGGGGUCAACCAGACGACCGCGUUCUACUUGAUCUCCGUCCUCAAUGCUUCAGGUAUCCCCGGGCGCAUCAUUCCCAACCUCAUCGCAGACCGCAUCGGCCCGUUCAACGUCGCCGUGCCGUGUAUCCUCAUCUCCAAUGCCCUCAUCUACGCCCUGUUUGGUAUCAAGAGCGUCGCGUCGAUCAUCGUCUUUGCCAUACUCUACGGGUUCUUUUCUGGCGCGAUCUUCUCAAUCACAGCACCUGCCUUCGCCGAGCUCUCGAGAGAUCCCUCGGAGGUCGGCAUCCGAUUCGGAAUCGCGUUUUUCUUGAGUGCUCUGGGUGCACUAAUCGGCACACCUGUUACCGGGGCACUGCUGGGGCAUCACUUUAAUUGGAAUAGGGCCAUAACGUUUAGUGGGGUGUCGUUCUCGGCUGGUGUUUUGUUCCUCGUGGUGGCAAGACAGAUCCUCUCGAAACGAAAGAACUCGCAGCGAGUUUAA